GAUGUUGCAGACCGCUCCACCCCUCCCGCACAGCCUGUGUCGAGACCCAGCGCCUCUCCGCUUCAUCCGACUGAUGAUGAGAGCCCGAGCAGCCGUGCUCCUCUGAACACACCCUGCCCUCAGACGGGACACACCUGGAGAGAGAGAGAGGGGUCACAUCAAAGCGAGAAUUAAUCCGACACCGCACAUUUCAUCAGCCAACAGAGGCAUUUCUCUGGGCUGCGUGGAAGGAAAUACUCGGAUGACUUGUGCGCGGAGGAAAACAGUGACGGACGACGUAAAUAUUUACAUGCCCUUGUACACAGCAGGACCGCUCGCCGUCGACUAAACUCACACAGAGACGCUCGUCGGAGGAACUGCGACGUUAACACGCUCAAACAAACGCUGAAAUAAAAAAUACGGGCGAAAAAUCGAACCAUCCUUUUCUAAAAUCGUUCUGUAAUUCUGCUGAACCGGACUGAGAGAGUUUCUGGAGGUUUGCGGGACUGCUCUUCUUUAAUCUGCGGUCAUGCCGCAGGCAUCAUCAGAUUUAUUCCCUACCUGAGGGAAUCGAGGAUUACUGGAGUUUUUAACUGAAGAGAUCAAUUAUGCAGCUCUGACCCAAUUGGACUGAAAUACGAGUACUUCGACUUUAAACACAGUCUUUUAUAUGUUUUGACGUCUUAUAAAAAAAUCGAAAUAUUUUUUCUCGUUUAGACCUUUCAUAUAAAGCGUAAACAACUGACGAACGAGUUGGCUGUGGUGUAAAAGUUGGACGUCGUGCGUGGUAAACAAUAACCACAUCUUUAUUGCAGAUUUGGUGGAUAAUUAGGCGUGUAAAGUGAAAAUUGUUCAGUGAUUUUUAGUAAGUUUUACUUUUUAAGUAAAUUUUUUGAAAGAAAAUUGUUUCGUGCAAUUAAUUUAUCUACCCAAAUUUUUGUCAGCCCUGGCGAAGUUAACCGUCCUCGAAUCAUUUUAAGUAAAACAAAAAUGUUUUAGUGAUUUAGACUGUGUGAUGUGCAAAUUUAUGAUAAAUUGACAUCGACGUUAGAGUGUUUUGUUGAUUCAAACAUCGUUAGAGCAGCUGUUGCUAUGGUUACCAAUGUAGAAGCGAUUUCUGCGCGUGUACAUUUGUAAUCUAACUUUGACACGCUGUUGCUUAAACGCUAUGUUAAGCAUUAAAGGUUAUGCAUUGAAAUACUGUAUAUUUUGAAGACCCCAAACUUUCUUUUGGGGAGUUUAUGCCUUAAUUAAAGAGGUUGUACAUCUUUCCAAACCACCUCCAUAAUUCGCACCCUCUGAGCACUUUCUGAAUAUAUUUUAACGAAAUGUUAAAAUGCAAAAUUUUAUUACCAGAAAUUCACGCUGAUCCUAAUGUAAAUAUUUACUUUAUCAGGUUAUGAUAAGGCAGGCAUGAGGUGAGCAGAAGUACUUUUAAAAAUCGUUUACCAAUAAACUUAAAACCCUUUCUUAUUUUCAUUUGUUUCUUAAAUAUGUAAUCUCACAUAAAGUGUGAAGGACUUUAAAUCAUUUAAUGUGAAUGCAAUUAGAGAGCAUGCCCAGACUGGAGGCCCUUUUCCAGGGUGAGACUCUAUAACCAAACAUGGGAGCGAAGCAAACGAAGGCCGCCGGCCAGGAGGCAGGAGCAAGUCCUCAGUGCACAGGAUGGAAACGGACCCCCACGAAAGAGCGAGGUGACAUCCUUACCUCCUUAAUGCUGAGGUCAGGAGACAAACUGAGGAGCAGCGGGACUCCCCCUCCCUACCAGCGGCGCAUCGGGAUGAUACAAGAGAUGAUGCUGAUGGCGAGGCAGGGCAAACACGAUGAGGCAACAGAGAUGCUCAAGACCCUCCGGCAGGAUCUGGGAAUGGAGUCAACCUCUCUGGACGAUGUUCUCUACCGCUAUGCCAGUUUCCGCAACCUGGUGGAUCCCAUUACCCAUGACCUCAUUAUUAACCUGGCCAAAUACAUUCACUGCCCAAAGACGGAGGGAGAUGCUCUGGGUGCCAUGGAGAAGGUGUGCCGGCAGCUGACCUACCACCUGAGUCCACACUCACAGUGGAGACGGCAGGGGCUGCUGAAGAGGAAGCCACAGUCCUGUCUUAAAUCGGUUCUUUCAAGUCCUCCAUCUGGUGGGACAUUAGACCUGUCUGGAAUCCCACUUGGAGUGAAAGACAUGGAGCGUCUCUGUGCCUACCUUCACCACUACGCAUCUCGCAUUGGUAGCCUAGAGCUGGGCUUCACCGAACUCACAGACGAUGCCUUCCUCCUGCUCCUCCCUACACUAGCAUCUCUUCCCCGCCUCGAGACUCUGGCCCUCAAUGGCAACAGGCUGACCCGUGCUGUGCUCAAAGAGCUCACAGACACACUGAAGGACCCUGACAGCUUCCCCAGUGUCACCUGGAUAGACCUGGGAAACAAUGUGGACAUCUUCUCCCUCCCACAACCGUUUCUGGUGAGCCUGCGGAAGCGCUGCCCCAAACAAGGCAACCUUCCCACCAUCUUGGAGUUUGGCGAGAGCCAGGCCAGUGAGCCGGAGGGACGAAUGGAUGAAGAUGAUGCCGAUGCAACCAACCGGACAGAGAGCAUGGGGGAACUCCGAUCCGAGGAAGAAGAAGAGAUCGAUGGUGAAAUGGAGAUUGAGGACAUGAUGGAGGAGUUGCUGGACUUUGACAGAGAGGUUCAGGGCAAGGAGGACGAGGAUGACAGUAUGUGGACCUUGGAGGAGCCGAGGUUGGUGAAAGAUCCAACUGCAAAGCAGAGCCGAGAUAAGAGGGCAUCCAAAGCAGAGGGAGAAGAGGACCUGCAAAGCCAGUCUUCUCAUCUGUCUUGCUCCAGCCAGUCACAGCACUCUUCUGGAGCCAUCGAGCCUUUAAGAGAAGACUCUGUCCCAGAUCAGUUAGCGGCUCAUUCCCACAACCCUACCUGAUUGAAGCCACUGUCUCUUUGUAACUUUUGUCCCUUUAAGAACAAAACAGCAUGGCAGGCUUGCUUUCAGACAGGAUUGUCCAUGAGGUCAUGAAAUUCAGCAGGUUCUUCAGGGUUGACAAUCACAGUGGUUGUCUGUUGUUGCUGAAGGAGAAAUGUAUCACCUGUGAUAUAUCAAAAAUAUCAAAUAUCAAAUUCUCUCA